AUGGCCGAUAUUGAUGAUGAACUCCUCGCCCUCGCCGGUGACGCUUCCUCAGACGAAGAGGAUCAGGAAGUUCAGGACAUUAGCAGAGACAACUCAGCAUCACCCGAUCGUCGCGCAUCUGGCAAAAGGGGCGCCAAGAAGGGCACUGGUCGAAAGCCUAAACGCCGUAAUGAUGAUUCGGAGGAGGAAGGUGAAGCGUCCUCCGGCGCUUCAUCGCCGAACUCUUUACAAUCGGCACCUAUGGAGGAAUCGGACUCGGAUUCAGACGGUGCUCCAGAAAUCGACGACGAUGGCGAGAGGUACACACUUGAAGGCAAAUUUAUAGACGCGGACGACAAGGCAAAAAUAAUGGCUAUGCCUGAAAUCAAAAGGGAGGAGAUUCUCGCAGAACGUGCUGCUCAAGCAGAAAAAAGCCAACAGAACCGAGCCUUGCGAUUGUUGUUGAAAAGCCGCGACAAAGAUUUGCUGAGGGAUAAAAAGCGCAAAGCAGGAGCCGCAGAUUUGGAUGGCGACCAACGGAAGACGUCUCGACAAAGGACGAAGCUUGGAGGGGGAAAGGUUGGAGAAGCGAGCACCGGCAUUGACAGUUUGAAGCGCGCAAGAGCUGAAAAGAACGACCGCCAACGCCGCCGAGACGAAGAUAAGGAGCGGGGCGGUGGCAGUCGUAGACCUACGCAAGACGAUUAUUCUGAAGAAGAGGAAGACGAAGAUCUUGUUUGGGAUGAGGGAAAGACAAAGAGUAAGAAGAGAAGCCCAUCGCCCGAUUACAAGAAUAAGGAACCUGCAACACUCCAGGAUUUUGAACGCGUGAGAGUUGGUCGGAGCAGAUUUGCAUUGGUAUGCUUCUAUCCUGGUUUUGAAGAAGCUAUUGGUGGAUGUUAUUCGCGAAUCAGCAUCGGUGUCGACCCCCAAAAUGGUCAAAAUAUUUAUAGGAUGGCUUUGAUAAAAGGCUUUACGGAAGACAGACCAUAUGCAAUGGAAACUGAGAAUGGCAAAAAAUUCCAAACAACACAGUAUAUCAAAGCUGCGCAUGGAAAAGCGGAAAAGACUUGGCCAUUCAUUACUUGCUCGGACUCUCCUUUCACAGAGGCCGAAUUCAGACGCUACAAGCAGACAUGUCUUGUUGAAGGAAUCGCACUCCCAACGAAGGCGAAGCUCAUGCAAAAGAUUGAUGACAUUAACGCUUUAGUAAACAGAUCAUGGACUGAAGCAGAACUUCAUGUCAAGUUGACCAAAUCAGGAGCUCUCAUCAACAAAUUCGUACCCAUUGAGCGAAAAAGGCUAGGUAAUCUCGUCAAAGAAGCUAAGGCGCAAGGCGACACAGAAGCUGCAGCGAGGUUUCAAACAGAGCUCGAUGCACUUGAUGGCCCAAAGCUAGCCUACAGCACAUCAAUGCAACCAUCUCCGAAGAAGGGCAAACCGGGAGUCCUCACCCAGCAAGAAAGACUGGCAGAGUUGAAUCGCUUGCAUCGACGAGAAAAUGCCGAGAAAGUCCGUCAGGCUCAGAUAGCCGAAAGGAAAAAGGUCAAAGAUGAGCGGGAAAAGAUUGCUCGCGGUGAAGAUGUCACUGAAGACACCUCUCGGAGGGUCAAGACUGUAGCGAAAUUCAAGCAUGAUGUUGCUGACGCGUAUGUCAAGAAAACUGACAGCGACGCAAGCGGUGCCAAUACGCCUUCCGGGACUCCAAAGCUCGGGGCGAAGAAAGGUUCUGCGCUUCCACAUCUUGCUAAAAUGCAAGCGGAGCAGAAUGGCAAGAAGGGACUGCCCACCAUCAGGAGACCGAUUAUGGACGACGACAUCAUUGGAGCAAUCGAUCUGGGCAUAGAUCUUGAACUGUGA